UUUUUGGUGGAGCAUUUGGGGAAAGGCACUUCGCUGUCUGGUAAGACUGAUUUUCGCCUCUCUCCCAAAAACAAAAUUCUUCGCGAGCGGUUGUGUCGUCGAACGUAAAGUAGCGCGUCUCCGCGAAUGACGCAGACUGGAAGCUUCCACUUGGAUGGCAAUCGGCUAAAUAACAUUCAACAAUAGCGGUGCACUUGCGAAUUCCCGUUGCAUUGCAGCCAACAAAAACAACAACUACUUCGCACAGCAGCAGGAAAACGCAACAACACAACAACAAAAGAGGGGAAAAGUGCCGUUUGUUAUUGGCGCAUAAAACCGAAUCGCAAUUUGGCCUCUGAAUAGUUUUUAAAACGGCAGCCAUGUCCGACGCGGCCAAGUCCAACAACAACGCGUCUGCCGAUGGACCCGAUCCAGCCACUCCCGACGCUGCUGGAGGAGCUGACGAGGCGAGUGACGCCACGCCCACAACUCCACGCGGCAAUCACAACAACAACAACAGCGCCAACGGGAGCGCCAAAAGCAAGAACAAACUAAAGUCGACCCAGAAUAGCAGCGGAGGCGGGAGCAUAGACAAAAUGUCACCGGAUCAGGACAUCUUCAUCAACGCCGCCGACGGUCUGCCCAAUCAGCAUCCGUCGCUGCCGAAGGAGGGCGAUGUGGACAGCGACACGGAGCCGGAGGUGGAUGCCGAUUCGUUUGACGACCUACCCACCUCGAUCAUCGUGACCAACAUCCACUCGGAGGUGUUCACCAAUCCGGAGCUGAAGCACUCGAUGGAGGAGCUAUUCCGCACAUUCAGCGAAUCCGCCACGUUCCAAUGGCUGCGCAGCUUCCGCCGCCUGAGGGUGAACUAUGACAACGCCAUUGCGGCGGCAAAUGCGCGGAUCAAGCUGCACCAGUACGAGUUCAACAAGAAGACGGUGAUCACGUGCUACUUCGCCCAGCCGGUGACACCGGUGAGCAACAAGAACCUGCAGCCGCCGGCGCCGGUCAAACAGUUCCUCAUCUCGCCACCCGCCUCGCCGCCAGCCGGCUGGGAGCCGCGCGAGGAGGGCGAGCCGCUGGUCAACCACGACCUGCUGGCCGCCCUGGCCAGUCUCACGCCCGGCGAGUCGCACGAGCUGCAUCCCCAGAGCGAGGACCAGCCGGCCAUCAUUGUGCACACGGCCAUGCUGGCGGACACGGCUCCUGGGCUGCAGGCCAAGACGCCGAUCGUCCAGACGAAGUGCCCGGAACGGGCAUAAUCACCCGGUGGUGGACGAAGCUGAAGACAAAGCUGAUAACUUGAGUUGUAGCAUCCAAACGAACUGGACAACGGGUUGGGAACCGAUCACGACACGAUCACGAUCCGCAGAUGGAUGGGGCUUGGAUUGAGUAUUUUUUUGUAAAUAUUUUCAAAUUCAAUUGUGAUUAAUUUACACAUACAUUUAGCUACGUUCGUAUGUUUGUAUUACUAGGCACUCGAACUCCCAUGACCCACAUACAUACUUUCCCACCCACCAACCUCCUUCAAGUGUAGCAUUUACCCCCGAAUUGGCUUCUGAUACAAGUUCUUUGGCUAGCAACCGCAUCUAGAUGUGUUUAUCUCUCUCGAUCUGAGUGUGUCUACGUGUAAGAAUAUCGGUGUGUUAACCCAUCGCGACUACCUGCUAACGAUAUCUCUAUCUCUGUGUACCUUCGAUGGGAAAUCGCUGCCAGAGGCGCUGCCGAGAACCGCGAUCCGAAAUCCCAGAUAUAAAGCUAAUAUAUCUAUGUAAAUGUUAAUGUAAUUCUAAGCCAGCGAAAUGGUGUAGCGGUAUCGCAUCAGAUAUCGCCAUACAUGCAUACGUAUAUAAAUCUAUAUGCCUACGUGUAGUUAAAACUUAAAUUGAAAAAAUAUAUUCAAAUUCGAAAUGAA